CCCUAGGGAGAGGAACCUCGGAGGCGUCUGCGCUCGAACCCGCCGCGCCGCCGCCGCCAUGACCUUCAAGCGCAGGAAUACCGGCCGCAACAAGCACGGCCGCGGCCACGUCAACUACAUCCGGUGCUCCAACUGCGCCAAGUGCUGCCCCAAGGACAAGGCGAUCAAGAGGUUUCAGGUGAGGAACAUCGUGGAGCAGGCUGCCAUCAGGGACGUGCAGGAGGCGUGCGUGCACGACGGAUACGUUCUCCCCAAGCUUUACGCCAAGGUACAUCACUGUGUGUCCUGUGCCAUCCACGCUCACAUCGUCCGUGUCCGCUCCCGUGAGAACCGGAGGGACCGCAGGCCACCAGAACGCUUCCGCCGCAGAGAGGAUAGGCCCCAAGGUCCUCGCCCAGGUGGUGGUGCUCCAGCUCCUGGCGCCGCUCCUGCCCCCAACGUUGCUCGCACCUGAUUGCCACUGGAGUGAUCAACCUUUUGUCAGUCGUUUUCCUAAACAAUCUAGCAUGAUACCAUUAUGUUGAACUUUUUCUAGGACCUACCUGUUUUCUCAAAUAUCGACUCAGAACAUGAUCUGCUGUUAUUGUUUUCAUAUUUACUAAGUGUGGUUUACCAUUAUGUCUUCCUUGUGUUC